AUGCCGUUGACACAAGACCUCCUCGCCUCGGACCCCGCGUCCUACGCCCGCGCAACCCGGUCUCGCUUCCUCAACGCCGCCGCAAAGGGUACCGUGCCCAAGGACGUUCUCGGCCGCUGGCUCGCCAACGACCGGCUGUACAUCCAUGCCUACAUCAAAGGCGUCGGCCGCCUCCUCGAUGCGCUGGACUUGCCCGACAUUGCCUCCACCACCACCGCCGCGGCGGUGUCGUCGGUGCCAGAGAGACUCCUCCAGUGGCUCAUCGACGCCCUUGUCAACGUCCGGCGAGAAGAGAGGUUCUUUGUCGACACGGCGGCGCGCUUCAGCAUUGAAGUGAACCUGCCGGUGUCCGAAUGCGGCGUUGUCGCCCCGGACGAAAAGCUCGACGGCCUGAGGCGCUUUGAGAAACUGUUUGGGGGGCUAAGCAAGGGACCGGAGCCGCUCGGGUGGUUGGAAGGUGCGGUGUUGCUGUACGCCACGGAAAAAUGCUACCUCGACGCCUGGUCUCACGCCAGAGGCGCGUUGGAUACGUCUGCGGAUGGCAGUCGGGACGCGGACGGCGGCGCGUUGAGGAGGGAGUUCAUUCCCAACUGGAGUAGCGAAGAGUUCAAGGCUUUUGUGGAUGAGCUCGGGGCCAUCAUUGACCAAGGAUUCGAGGAAGCAGUCAAGAAAAGAGAGGAGGGGGUUGAGGGCAGCCUGCGGGAACGCGCGCUAUGGGUCUGGGGAGAAGUCGUGCUUGCUGAGGAGGCAUUCUGGCCAGCUUUGGACUGA